UUUGAGGGGAACAUUUUUCCCACCUGGUAGACAGAAACACAUCCGCUGAACUUCACUUCUCAGGGUACUUCCAGGAGAUAAACAACAUUACUACAUACUUACUUUACAAGACAAAGAAGAAACAAUCACUUUAUGUACUGACUACAGACUGCAGUACCACAGCUUAGAUAAUACAGGCCAAAUACAGGGUAAUUCAUUUACUUGUGAAAAGACAGCUGAUUUGGAGUUUGAGCUCAUAUGUGAGGUCUCUUUGGAUCAACCAUCAAACCAUCAGACUGUGGUAUAGAAGGCUACUACAGCAACUCUCGAUCAUGGGUGGGUAAACAUCAAUAUCCUGUGAGAGCACUUUGCUGCAAAUUGAUAAAAAUAUUUAUCUUAUGGUGUUUCUACUUGAUUUCAUAUUUAGGAACUGUCCCACUUCAGUGUGUGUGUGGAAUAUUUGUAUUAUUCAGUGGAUUUCUGAUAUCAUUCACACCAUCAUGCGAUGGAGGCAACAUUUUGGUGUUCCCUUUGGAUGGGAGUCAUUGGAUCAAUAUGAAGAUCCUGUUGGAGGAGCUCCAUGCCAGGGGACACAACCUGACCGUGAUGAGAGCCUCCACCAGCUGGUACAUUGAUGACAAGUCUCCACUCUAUACAUCCAUUAACUUCCAUGUGGAUGUGGGUAUGGAAGACUUUUUUGAUGUGUUUGCAAAGGAAAAUAUCAGGGUAAGUCCGUUUGAAUACUUUGCAUUUAUUUACCAACUAAACCUGAAUUUACACCACUAUUCUAACUUUUAAUUCCAGAUACAGAGAGAGGGCGCUUCAUCACUAAUGGUCUUUCUACUCAUCAGGGAUUUUCUCUCAAGGAUUUCAACAUUUCAUGCAUUGUGGGCUGAUGCUACUGCUCAAAUCUUUGAUGAUGAGAAGAUGGUCAAAAACUUAAUGGAUGCCAAAUAUGAUCUAGUUCUCACAGACCCAGGCAUUGCAUCAGGAGUUGUGCUAGCCAAGUAUCUCAAGUUGCCUACGGUGCUAAAUGUUCGCUGGAUCCCUGCAGGUGAAGGUCACUAUGUGAUCGCCCCAACACCUCUCUCUUAUAUCCCGUCACCAGGAUCAGGCCUCACUGACAAAAUGGACUUCAUCCAGAGGAUUAAAAACCUUUUCUUCCACAGUGUUGUUGAGUACCAGAUGAGACUUGUGGCAGGGCCAACAUAUAAUGACCUUUGUGUCAGAUACAUUGAAGGUGGAUGCAGCUUGAUGUCACUUCUUCAGGAAGCAGACAUUUGGCUGUACAGAUCAGAUUUUUUAUUUGACUUUCCACGACCAACAAUGCCAAAUGUGGUCUACAUAGGAGGCUUCCAGUGCAAACCAGCACAGCCUCUGCCAGCAGACCUGGAGAAGUUUGUUCAAAGUGCUGGAGAGCACGGAGUGAUCAUCAUGACUCUAGGAACUUUGGUUAAUGCUCUCCCCGAAGACCUUUCAGAAGAAUUUGCCAGUGUGUUUGCCAAGAUGCCUCAGAAGGUAAGACGUGAUUAGUGAUUCAUUACAAAGACAGAAGAUGAAUAAAAAUACUAUAAUUUGCAAUACAAAAUCAUAUGUUGAUCAAGUUGUCCCUCCAUUUGAGUUACCUGACUGAUUUGAAAGCAAGACCAAAAUACCCCUUGAUCAUUUGUUUGCAGUGUGCAGGGCUCAUGUGGGUUGAUCACAGUUUGUAAAGCUCCUUUUGCCAAGUUAGAUAAAUUUCUGGCAUGAACUCACAGCACACUCUGACACAGUAAAAACAGGGUCAGAAGCCAAUUCCUGAAUCCAGGAUGAUUGCGUCUGUGCUGCGUCUGCGCAUGACUGAAAGUCAUGAAAAGCAUGUUGGAGUGUCAUCAACAGUGUUCAUGCUCAAUUGUUGAAAAUGGGAUAUAAAGUUGUAUGUCAGACACCCUACUUUCUUCUUUUAUUAAAAAACUUGCAGUAAGACUGUCAGUUCAUAACGUUUUAUUCCAUUUUUUUGGUUAGGUGAUAUGGAGGCACAAAGGGAAGCGACCCUCUUCUUUGGGCAACAACACCCUGAUAGUGGAUUGGAUGCCACAGAAGGACCUCCUUGGCCACCCACAGACCAAAGUCUUUGUCACACAUGGAGGCACCAAUGGAGUCCAGGAGGCCAUUUACCACGGCGUCCCUGUACUUGGCAUACCACUGUUCUUUGACCAGUUUGACAACCUGUUGCGCCUGAAGGACAGGGGAGCAGCAAAGAUCCUGGAGUUGGCUGAUGCCAACAGCCGCAGUUUUGAGCAAGCCCUCAAUGAAGUGCUUCAUCAAGACAGCUACAGACAGAACAUUCAGAGGUUGUCACGUUUGCACCGAGAUCAGCCGAUGGCACCCAUGGAUCAGGCCGUAUUCUGGGUAGAAUACGUGAUACGCCAUAAAGGGGCUCCACAUCUUCGCACAGAGGCCUAUAAGAUGCCCUGGUAUUCCUACUACUUAUUAGAUGUACUGCUUUUCAUGAUGACUGUGGUGACUGUGCUGCUGUACUCUAUGUUUGCACUUUUUAGGUUCCUGUGCUGCAGACAAAGAAGAAAGACUAAAUCCAAGUUACACUGAUUGGGGGUAAAUGAAUCAAGAAAUAUGCAACACCAGCCAUAUGUUUAUAUUUCUUCUGUCCUAUUAAAAUCAUUCCAAUUCGACAUUAGAGCUUCACUUUUUAUUACUCCUCCUCUGCUUGUACCCUCAAUUUGCUCCAUACAUUUCCUUCCCUCUCUCUCUCAUGUGUCUGUGUCUUUGGAUGUCUGUAUUUUAUUUAUUUUUACCUUUGCUGGUCUAAAAUGGACCUACACCAUUUAUGCAAAUCGUACUUGUGUUUCUGUCGUUCUCCCACAUUAAAUUUCCACCCUUCACAGUGAACUGGACGCAACUGAUUUUCUGCACAAAGCAUGCUUUGAUACUAAGUAACACCAACCAUGCCGGCAAAACCAACAACUUUUCUUCCCCAUUACUACAUAAUCCUCCUUUUGACGAGGUACGGAGGUACAGGAUUACAGAGAGUCCUACAUUCAGUACAAAAAAGUGGCCAACAAGGCUAGACAGAUGCCAGUUUAGCUAAUCAGGUUGUAUGCAUUGAGCUUAUACAAAAGGGGUGUGCAGAAAGAUCUUGACAUAUGUUAUGUAGACCAGACAAGCACACUAAGACAUUUUUUUCUUUGACCUAAACUUGAAUGAUAUAAUCAGAUCAAGCAUUUUAAUGGACAUUAAUCCAACCACAACAAUAGCAUGCAGCAUCCCUCUGGCUUGCAAUGACAUAUCUUUUCUAACGAACAGUUUGGCUCAGUCCUUUUCAACUGGGUUGUUCACUUCAGACUGACUAAGUAUUUAUUUUAAUUGUAAGUGUACGUGUAACAAGUUCUCUGAUGUGUUUUAUUUAAUCAGAAACUGGUUUCCUUAGCUAUUUUAUUUAUACUAUUUCUACUUUAUUGAUCAGUCAAAUAGCCUUGAAAUUAUUUGAUAAUGAUAAAAAUCUAGAAAAAGUCAAACUGUUUUGUUCUAAAGACUUUAGCUUUAAAGGACCCAGAUAUGAUAAUAUUGUCUGAUAUAUAUCCAGUGCUAACCAUGACUCUGUAACUUUCUUGCAAUAAAACCAAACUUUUAAACUA